AUGGGGCAGCCCGCGCCUCCAACGCGCCGCCGCGCCCUGCGCUGCGUCGGCAUCGCGUUCCUCGCGAUCCUCCUCACGACGACCAUCGCGAGCUGCCUCGUCGUCGUGCUCCACUUCGGCGACGACGGCGGCGCUCUCGUCGCCGAGGCCGGCCGCCCAACGGCGCGCCAGUGCCUCCACAGCGUCGUGCGGCUCCGCGCGGCGACGCUCGGCGUGCGGCCGGGCCGCUUCGCCGUGCCGCUGCGGCGCGAGGGGCGCGGCGUCGUCGUCGUCGGGCUCGCGGGCGGCGCGGGGCGAGAAACGGUGGAGCGCGCGGUGCGCUACGCGGCGCGCGCCGCGGGGCUGCGCGCGGCCGCGCCGACGUGCUGCGACGGGCGGCGCGGCGCCUGGGACUUCCGGAACCGCCACGAGCGGCAGGCCGUCGUCCACUCGUCGGGCUGGCCCUUUGAAGCGUGGGUCGAGCCCGCGUCGUACCACCCGUUCCUGCUCGCCGCGGUGCCGUCCGCGCGGUCCCAGGUCGUCGCGCUCGUCUGGGACCCCGUGGACCGCCUCGUCGCCGCCUGGACCAGGGGCGGCGGCAAGGUGCCGGACCUGGUAGAGCCGUCUCUGCGCCUCGAGCUUGGCGGCAAGCUCGAGCGAUCCGCGCGCGCCGUCUCGCGACAAAAGCGCGCGAUGGUGCCGCGGCGCGCGCUGCUGCUCGCGUCGGUGCUGCGGCCCGGGCUCGGCCGCUUCCAGGGCCGGCGCGCGCUGGGCAACGCGCCGCCGCCGCCGCCGCCGCGCGACGAGGACGCGCCCUGGCGCGACGGCCGCGUCGUCGCCGUCUGCGGGUCGACGCUGACGAUGAUGCUCGGCCACGGCGUCGCGGCGCCGUGCGUGCCGCUGCUGUCGUCGAGCCUCGGCGCGUCGGCCGCGGACGUCGGCGUCGCGCUGAGCACCUUCGGCAUGGCGCGCCUCGCGCUCAACGUGCCCGUCGGCGCCGCGGCGGACAAGUGGGGGCGCAAGCCCCUGCUCGUCGGCGGCGCACUCGUCAACGCGGUCGGCCACGCGGCGUCGGCGGCCGCGCCCGACGCGGCGUCGUUCGCCGCCGCGAGGAUGGUCGCGGGCGCGGGCAACGCGGCCUACCUGGGCACGGCGGCCACCUACCUCAACGACGUCGCGACGUCGACGAACCGGGGCCGCGUGCUCGGCAUGAACCACGCGGCGCUCCUGUGCGGCGUGUCGCUCGGGCCCGUGCUGGGCGGCUUCGCCGCGGAGUACUCGCUGCGCGCGCCCUUCGUGGCCGUGGCGGUCCUGGGCGUCGUCUCCGCGGCGCACGCCGGCCUCGCGCUCUGCGAGACGAAGCCGGAGACGACCGCCGAGGCGGCGCGCGCGGGCGAGACGUCGACGCGGGACUUGCUAUCGGACGGGCGCUUCGCGGGAGCCGCCGUGGCGCACGCGGCGACGUUCGCGCUGCGCCAGGGCGGGCGCAACUUGCUUCUGGCCCUGGUCGCGUCGUCG